AUGUUAAAAGGUACAAGAUAGCUUGAUUAAUCACUGUGUAACUGAUAAUGUACGAAUAGGCUAACGGGAAAAUAAAGGAAUGUAACACAAACGAUUCACAAUGAAAACUCUCUUUACCUCACCUUUCAGCUGACGCGCCGGACUCCGACAGGAAGGAUUUGUUAUCAGAGCUUGAAGUGAUGAAGACGUUAAAGCCUCAUCCGCACGUCAUCAAACUGCUUGGAUGCGUCACCGAAUCUGGUAGGUUAUUUUUUAUGUAAGCUGUCUUUAGUCACCAAUUAUGCUGCAAGUAAAGGGUCAUUCCUGUUAUUUUAAUUGUACCUUUUUCAGUCUGAGUCAAGUCUCUUUGUCCGUGAAUGACUAAAUGAAUACAUCGUUUUUUACUCAGUUCGUCUUGAUCGAGUAUGUUCCGUACGGGGAUCUCCUGGGUUACCUGAGAAAGAGCCGUGGAUUAAACGACACUUAUUUCAAAGACCCAGAUAUCAAACCACAAACAAGUCUGACGUCACAACAGUUGAUGAAGUUUUCUUGGCAAGUUGCUGAUGGAAUGAGUUACCUCUCAUCGAGAGCUGUAAGCUAAAAAAUUUGACUAUUAUGUAUUCAAAGUCUGGUUUAGACUGUCUCCAUUUUACAAAGAAAAAUUAUACGGACUAACAGUGAAGAACAUACUCAGGUCCCCUCACUUUCAGCUACGUCUUGCUUUUGCGUUUUGAUAAACCCCCUCGACAAUGGCGAUUUCAUAAAAUUUAUUUCCGGCUGGACUGAUGAGGAUUAAAAUGUAAAGACGUGAAACUGACAGAGCUCUUGUUUGGACUAAUAUAUCCUAUCCAUUUGGUGUCAAAUCUUAAAAAAUAACUUCAAAAUUUCAUGAAAUGUAACAGCAUUAGAGUAAGACAGAAAGAUCCGAACGCCUCACAACAGGUCUAUGUGACUUGCAAGGUUUUAAGCUCGUGUGAAAUGAAAUCUCACAUUGCAGAUUAUUCAUCGAGACCUUGCCGCUCGAAAUGUUCUGGUUGGAGAAAAUGAAACUUGUAAAGUGACAGACUUUGGAAUGGCAAGAGAUGUGCAAGAACAAAAUAUUUAUGAAAGGAAGACAAAGGUUUGUAUUAUAUUGGAAACAAACCUACAGUAUAGGACUGGCACGCAAUAGUAGUGGAUAAGGCACCGAAUUAACCUUUUCUUUGCGGGGGAAUUCCAUUAACUUUCAAGGGAAAACAUUAACGCCGAUGACGUCAUGCAUCUCAUUAACAUAGGAUGAUGUCAUACUUUAAAUUAAUGCCCAUGCCGUUAAGAUAGGAUGAUGUCAUAGUUUAUUUUUAGCUGGCUGACGUCAUGCAUGUCAUAUAGAUAGGAUGAUGUCAUAGUCUAUUUGUAGCUGGCAAGGAGCAAGUGACGUCAGAAUUUCCUAGAGUUGACGUCAUCAAAAAAUGUCGAGAUCAUAAUCUAUAAACAGAAAAGUGAUUUUUAUAUAAUAAGCUAUUUGCUACAGUCUUCUGAUUAGAUAUUGUUUGCUAUAGUCUUCUGAUUGGAUAUUGUAGAAACUGUCAUGUGUUCAAAAUAAAAGCGGGCAAAUUUUGAACGUCUUAUCUUUGCAGAUUAUACUAAAUUAAAAAUCUUUAAUCAUUAAACUAUUUUAACUAAAAAUCGGUUAUAAAUAAAACCAAGACACGGAGGUUAACUGAAAAAUCUUUACUUCAAAAGAAGGGAAAAGGAUAUUAAGCGGCUGCGAAAUCGUACUAAUUUGUCAGGCAAAACAUGAAAACAAGGUCGAAGCUCAGCGAAGCGAAAAACUGCCUAUCAAGCAAAAAUGUCAUUUUUUGUUUACUUGACUCUGUAGAAAGUAUUGCACAGGGUAUAAAAAUUCUAUAGAAAACAACAGGUGGUUCUAAAGUAAACCCUAGCUCUUUUGGUUCUUAAAGAAACCACCUUCUUGUUCCUAAUGAGUGGAAAGUCUAUUUAUAAAAAUAGGAAUAAGAGGUGUGAUCGCCUGGCAACACAUGCGUUCUUGUUUAGCGCUAAAAAUCGGAUAUAUAAACAAAACACACACACACACAUACACAGAGUGGAGCUGAAAACUCUCUAUUUCAAUUUUGACUCACCAUUACGAAAGCGUUUUCUCCGUUCUGUCUUGAGGAAACGACUAACUAUUGAAAUCUCGGCGCCUGAUGAGCUUAUGGUCGCCGUUAGUCAGUUAAUUAUGCGGGUUGAAUAUAAAUUAGUUCAUCUCUACAGCUAGACCCAACGGAGCACCUUGACUUAUUAUUGUAAAAGCACAAACAAUUAAUAACUUAACAAGGAUCAAUUAAAACAUGCGAUUAAUAAAUUGACAAGACACGAGAUACAGUUUUAAGAACUUUAUUGAAGACCAUUGACAAAAAGAGUCAAAUAAACAGCGAUUUGGAAGGAAUGGAAAUUAUAACUUGAGCCCGGUUUUCAGAACGUCUGUUAAAAGGAAAGUAGGAAUAAGAGAAGCGAUCACCUAGCAACGCGAGAAACGGCUUCCUAUAUCUUAUUUAGUGCUAAAACUCGGAUAUAUAAACAAAACACAUACAGAAAGUGGAGUUGAAAAGUCUUUAUUUCAAUUUAGUUUGUACGAGGUCUUCUUAUUUAGCUCUAAAACUCGGAUAUAUAUAACCAAAACACAUAUACACAAAGGGGAGCUGAAAACUCUCUAUUUCAAUUUUGUCUGACUAUUACAGAACCGUUUUCUCCGUUCUAUCUCGAGGAAAUGAAAGUCUUGAUAUUUUCACGCACGGUUAAUCAGUUAAUUAUGCGAGUUCACAAGCCGAAAGUUGAAUACAAAUUAGCUCUACAGGAAAAACCUCAAGGGAGCAACCUUGACGUAUUAUUAUAAAACAAAUAACUUAACAAGGAUCAAUUAAAACACGCGACUCAUAAUUGCUAGCAAUAAAAUCAGACACGAGACACCGUUUAAAACAAAGAGAGUCAAAUACACAGUGAUUUGAAAGAAAUCUAUUAAAAUAGUCAAAGAAAGCAAGCCAUCCUUUUUUUUUUACAUUGCGCACAAUGUUAAUUGUUUGUGCUUUUACAUUAAUAAGUCAAGGUGCUCCCUUGGGUCUAGCUGUAGAGAUGAACUAAUUUAUAUUCAACCCGCAUAAUUAACUGACUAAGGGCGACCAUAAGCUCAUCAGGCGCCGAGAUUUCAAUAGUUAGUCGUUUCCUCGAGAUAGAAAGGAGAAAACGCUUUCGUAAUGGUGAGUCAAAAUUGAAAUAGAGAGUUUUCAGCUCCACUCUGUGUAUGUGUGUGUGUGUGUUUUGUUUAUAUAUCCGAUUUUUAGCGCUAAACAAGAACGCAUGUGUUGCCAGGCGAUCACACCUCUUCAGUAUUCCUAUUUUUAUAAAUAGACUUUCCAAUCAUUAGGAACAAGAAUGGGGUUUAUUUAAGAACCAAAAGAGCUAGGGUUUACUUUAGAACCACCUGUUGUUUUCUAUAGAAUUUUUAUACCCUGUGCAAUACUUUCUACAGAGUCAAGUAAACAAAAAAUGACAUUUUUGCUUGAUAGGCAGUUUUUCGCUUCGCUGAGCUUCGACCUCGUUUUCAUGUUUUGCCUGAAAAAUUAGUACGAUUUCGGAUUCGCUUAAUAUCCUUUUCCCUUCUUUUGAAGUAAAGAUUUUUCGGUUAACCUCCGUGCCUUGGUUUUGUUUAUAACCGAUUUUUAGUUAAAAUAAUUUAAUGAUUAAAGAUUUUUAAUUUAGUAUAAUCUGCAAAGAUAAGACGUUCAAAAUUUGCCCGCUUUUAUUUUGAACACAUGACAGUUUCUACAAUAUCCAAUCAGAAGACUAUAGCAAACAAUAUCUAAUCAGAAGACUGUCGGAAAUAGCUAAUUAUAUAAAAAUCACUUUUCUGUUUAUAGAUUAUGAUCUCAACAUUUUUUGAUGACGUCAACUCUAGGAAAUUCUGACGUCACUUGCUCCUUGCCAGCUACAAAUAAACUAUGACAUCAUCCUAUCUAUAUGACAUGCAUGACGUCAGCCAGCUAAAAAUAAACUAUGACAUCAUCCUAUCUUAACAGCACAUUACAACUUCACGCCGAUUUAAGUGUGUACCCCAAAUUUUGGGGUUAUCAAGUAUUCAUAUAUUCAGGCUAUUGUUCUUGCCAUUGUCGAUUACCUUCCGAAGAAUCCACGAGCGGAAUUCCUUUGAUUUAGGUGCGAUAUGUCUCUUUUGUUUCCAAUUUUGUUGCUUGAUUGACUUUUUAAUCCCCAUUGUUACCUGAUGAGUAUUAAAUUUAUCCAUUAAAAUACUCGGACUUGCCUGUUAAAUUUGCUGGGGUCUGUGGGAACGCUUACAAGUCUUUUAAGUGUGGCCGACAACUCUGGUUGCAUAACAUAUUUUCGGUCACGUACCGUAUUACAAACGAAACAAGCCUGAUAAAUUUGAAGUUGAUGAAAGCUUAUAAAUACCUGGUCUCCUAUGGUAUUUUUUUUAUUAAAUACUCCCUUGCCUUGAAAAUAAUUUGGCGUUUAAAGAAUUGCUGCGGAAGGUAUUUAUUAGAACGUUUUAUUCAUUCAGUAUUAUCAAAACCUGCGCUCUGCAAUCAAGAGCGAACAACUCUCUUCAAAAUGUAAACAACGCAAGCGGUGAAUGCAUUUAACGGGAUGACACAGAUUUAUCAGCGUGUAAUUUCACUUUUUUGGACGUUUUCGCUUGCCUUUCAGUUUUUUUGUUGAAAAAAACCUUGCGUUUCAGUUACGUGACUGCAGGGCCCGAAAUUAAUAAACCGCGUAUUGUCAGUUCACCGAUUUGCAUGACAACUUUAUUCGCGGAGCUAAUCGAAUGAGACAGGAACUAUCUAAAACUGUAAUCGACAGAUCAAAACUUGCGGAAUUCAUAAUUCCUCGAAAUAAUCUCGCAGAAACGCUUGUAUAGUUUGAUUUCUCUCGGCCGGCCGGAUUUUAGUAGGCGAUAGGCGAGAAAAAAUGCUUCAGCGGCUUGCUUUGUACUUCGAAACUUCGGCAAGAAAAAAAAUCCAAUCUCGGUCCACAGUGGUCGAAAUUUCUCGUUCAAGAUCUCUUUUUGAAGCUGUCAAAACUCUCCUUUUUGAAAAAUACGUACCCAAGUCGAAGAAGUUUUGCGAAAGACUUAAAUCCAUAAACUUCUACCGCGAUAUGUGCGAUAAUUCUCUGCAGUUUUAUUGACACAUUUAGAACAAAAGGAUACCUUUAAAACUUCGUGGCCCUGGGCAGCUUAAUUAAGCCAUUGUUCAAUUCCUUUGAAUUCGCUUCUGAGUCUUCCGCCAUAAAAUCUCACCUUCUUUGAACCGAGUCAAAACGAGCGCUCUCGAAGGAAAAGUCCGGAGGAAUAAACUGAGCCUUCAGGAUACAAAAUCCAGCGGUUAUGCCCAUUUCUGAAAUACACACUUAAAUCGGCGUGAAGUUGUAAUGCAUGCGUGACGUCAUGGGCAUUAAUUUAAAUUAUGACAUCAUCCUAUCUUAAUGAGAUGCAUGACGUCAUCGGCGUUAAUGUAUUCCCCCUAAAGUUAAUGGGAUUCUCCCGCAAAGAAAAGGUUAAUUCGGUGCCUUAUCUACUACUCGCAAUCCUUUCCAUUACCUGCGGAGGAAAAUACGUAAAGUUUUGUUAAUUAUGUCGUUGCUUUCUAGGUUUCAUGCUUUAAGAGUUGCUCCCAAAACUAUAGGCCACGAAGUUAAGGCAGUAUGUGUAAAGUUGAUAAAACAUUUGACAAUCCUAAAAAAGCAUAAGAGAGACUAUUUUGCCCGUCACCAAAACAUGGGAUUAGAUUCCAUACUUCAGGUGUAUAAGCAUAAAUUUUUAAUUCAGCUGCAUAUAAAAGAGAUCUAGAAUUGCUAACUUUAUACCUGAUAAAAGUCUUAGAGAACGGCUAAGUUGCAGUGAAACUUUGUUGGGUUUUGUUCUUCCACACAAAGACAGGAAGAAAGUGUUAAAAAGAAAGCUGCGUGUAAGUUGCUGCAAAAAUAAAACUCAGGCUUCGUUGAUUAUUUUAAAAAUUUUAAGAUGGCCUUCUGACCUUUUAUUUCGGAGGAUAUUUAUCUACUGACCUUCUUUUUUGCUAAGAUGCAGGGAAGCAAGGAGGUACAUUACUUUUUCAUCAUCUUUCACUUCCUCCUGCUUUUUGCCAAUACGCUAUUGCAUGUUCGUCGUCCAUUUGUCUUAUGGUCAUUAACUUUGUUCAUAUGUAGGGUCGUUUACCAGUGAAGUGGACGGCAUAUGAAGCCCUGCUUUACGGACGAUACACCACCAAGAGCGACGUGUAAGAAAACUUUCUAUAUAUGCAUUAAUAAUUUGGUAUUUGCAGAACAGAAGCUCAUCAUCGCGUCACGUGAGAAGAAGGAAGCAUGCAACACGGUUAAUGUCACUGGGUUAACCAGCGUUAAUGACGCCAAACUAUCCCUCUCUCAUCUCUAAACUAGAAUUGAAAAAAAUGUGUAUUUCGUGUAAAAAAAACCGCAGAACCUUUUUAUUUUUAUUUAUUUAAAAUGUAACUGCAGGUGUGUCUUUUUGUUUUCAUAGGUGGAGCUAUGGAGUCUUGCUUUACGGGAUAUUUACAAUUGGUAAGGUCCUAUAGCUAUUAACUUACUGUGGUUUUCGAAGUUUUUGUUAAAACAUAGAGAAUGUUCCGAAAGAAGAAAAGUGUUACGUUUUAACACACUUUAGAGCUCAAGAAUGCAUAUAUUAUUAGUAUAUAUUUGUGUUUUCCACGCAUAUUGCCAUCGAUAACUUGCUGCCGACGUUAAAACCCCCAGCAGUGCCAAAUGUGAUAAUGGCGAGCAACAAGAGCGCUGACCUCAUAAAUGUCAUAAACAAAAAUCGGGAGUUGGCUGCUUUGCAUGACGGGACGCUGCUUUCUAAACCCAAGGAUUUUGAAAGCCUUUCUUUUAACACAUAUUCGUGACGUUGAGUCAGAUCACUGCUCAAGUAGUUAGUGGUUUAUCUCUGUGUUACGCGGUAAUCUUUUAGAGGACGGGUAGCUUGCAAACCAAACUGAACGCAGGGUUGUCGGAACAGGAACAAGAUUUAUUUCAAAAAUGAACGUAGUUUCCACGAACUAGAACUCAACAACAGCACUUAACUCGUUAAACUUACACGGCCUCCGCCAAUUUCAAUUAACUUGAUAAACUUCCACGGCCUCCGCCAACUUGAAUAAACACUGCUUUCGUCACACUUGACUAAACACGGCCAACGUCAAACUCUCUUCGCUUGUGAAAACUAGUUAAAACUUCGCUCGGACUCGCCUACUUAUAUACUUUUACAAUAAGAUUCUAGAACUUUCCAGUCUAAUUAUAGAAGGAUUACAAAAUAUACCGCUUUAGAAACGCUUACACAAGAUCCUAAAAUAAACAAACUAUAAACUCUCGCGAAGCUUCUAGAAAGUCACGCUAGUCACUCAUUACAAUUUUUCGUAACACUCUGGAAAAUGGUUUAUUGGCUAUAACUUCGGUAAAGAUGAUGGCGCUGAAUCAAAAUUUGGCACACAUAGAGCUCAUCGCCUUUAACAUUUUAUAGCAUAAAUAAUCAGUGUUAAUCAGUCACGUGAUAUAUGACGUCAUCAUUUUACGAAAACCGUAAAUUAUUGACCAGUUGGUGGCCGGUUUAAGAGAAGAAAUCGAGCAAUACCAUCUUUCUUAUUCUUAUUAAAUAUUUCUAACACUUCACGUUUGGAAUGACCGUCCAGGACACUUCAAGAAAAAUGAUGAGAAAAACAUCAUUUUUAAUGUCCAAAUUUAAUCUUCAAUUAUUAAAAACUUGAAUUUUGAACUUUGCACACGUUCAUUCCAAAGGUAGAAAGUUAGGCAUGUUUAUCCUCUUUCAAAGUAAAUUCCCAAACAAUUCGCCAAUUUCCCGCCGAUUCCCCACCAAAUGGCCAAUUUCCAUAUUUAAACGUUCAGACACAAGAACACCCCAAGAUUUACUUUUGGGGAAAAAUUGUUUUGUUCUAGGUCUCCUAGCGAGAGAUAUUGCCAAUCAUUCAUUCGAACACACCUUUGACCCAGGCCUUAAACACCUUGAGUGAAAGAUUGACUUGUUGAGAAGCUUUUUCACAUUACCUUCUGGUUGAAGUGUUUGACAUCCAGUGAGACAAGUGUCUGUCGCUACAGUGCCGAAGUUCGCUGAUAAUUUAAUACUGUCACCUUAUCACAGCAAGUAUUUACACCAUGACUUACAUUGACGGCAGCUUUUAGUUCCCAUGGUGCCCAAAUGAGGCAGAUAAAGAGGCGGGUGUGUAAAUAAAUUGUCCUUACAGCCACUUACAGUUAGUUCCUUCAAUUUUGAGUAAAAACAACAACGACAGCAACAAAUUUUGGGAGAACUCAUGCCUUGUAGUAAAGUAUUGUAACAGCUGGUCACUUUCUCCUUUUUAGGGGGUUCUCCAUAUCCACGAAUGGAUGGCAGGAAGAUUGUAAGCCUACUUCAGGACGGAUACAGGAUGCCUAAACCACGACAUGUUGAUGAUGAACUGUAAGUAAUUCUGUGUCCGCUUCAUGGGUUUCGAAACGUUUUAUUCCUAUACUGAGUACCUCUCCCCAUACUAUUAAUAUCUAAUAGGAUCCUUAAGGAUCCUACGAGGUUUUUCACCAGAGAUGGUUUUGGGAGUCGAAACGCCAGAAUACUGAGGUCACAAUUUCCAUGUCACAGUUGUAGGUACUAGUCGUGUUCCGGCAAAAGUAUCUUCUAGCCCUGACCACUAUUAGCUUUUAAGGUCUGGUAUUUCUUCGAGAGAAAAUUUAGUGAUGAACAUCAAGCCAAACUCCCGAAAAAGUUGGACUUAAAGUUAACUGCAAACUCUUAUUGAAAAUGUCAAUCAAGAUGACGAAUAUACUUUUCUGAAACUCCUUUUACUCUAAUAGGCCACUUCCGAGGUCCAAAAACUCUCGCUUUCAAAACGAGACUAAGUGCAAAGGUUUAACUGGUAUGGACCGAAAGAAUUGUUGCUCAACAUACCAUGCAUAAUUUUUGUGUUGUGACAGGUACAAAAUAAUGAAACCGUGCUGGCUGGAAGACCCUGAUGCAAGACCUUCUUUUUCUGAACUGACAAUGAAGCUGAAAAAGAUGGAAAACCAACAUAAGGUACGCUUUAAACAAGAAACGUCCUGGACAAUUUUGAGUCUCCCUCAGUUGUCCUCCUUCAAAUUUUUUCACUUUCAUUAGCUGCAAACCUAGACUGGUUUAUAGGCGGGGUAGCCUUAUAGGUUCUGUCUUCAAAACGUUCUCGUUAUGCUUCGUUGGCAGUCAACUACGAGCUCUCGCCAUGCCUGUUUCUUAUAACUAAAGUGAAGAAAUAGAAUUGUUAACUGCAUGGAUUGUUUUGUCAGUUACGCGAACAAGCUUGUUAAAUUAUGGUCUGUUUUUUCUUUUUUAUUUGCAGGGGCUAAUAAACAUGAAAUUGUAUGAUAAACAGCUAUAUGCAAACCUAGAAGACUUGACAGUGUAA